CUGCCCUCCACCACGGCCCAAGUGGGAAAGGCGUUCGCAAUUGUGGAUGGUGGGUGGAUGGUGAUCUUCGUUGUCACUGAUACCACAGAAGGCCGAUCACGAUCAACAUCUCCUUGCACGUUCACGUGCACUCUGCACUUCGGAUCAACAGUUCCACUGACGGCUCAUCUGACACGCAAACUUGAAACCUUGCGCCAUCGUCCGAUUCCAAAAGGCCGACGCUUAGCUUCAUUGGAAUGGACCCAACAGACCAACCAGCAAAGACCACGGCUUGGAUACGAGUCCCAUCCUGGUCAAUAGCCUCAAACCGACACGAGUACUCUAUAGCACGAUAUGCUAAAGUUCUUGGCCACGUUGACCGUCACGGCUAUAACUGGCAAUGACGUCGGUUCCUUGUCCGUGCGAUAACCCUUUGCCAUGCGACAGACCCCAGGGAUCCUCGGGGUGGGAGAGGGGACAAGAUAUACAAAGAAGCUUGGAUCCUCUUGCUCUGCUUGACUUUGCUUGACUUUCCUUAUACCUCUCCACAGGCCUUUCUGCCCAGGAAGCUUCACACUGUCCCGCAAUUCUUGUCUUCAACCUACUUACCAAGGGACGCCUACCUGAACAUCACUUCCCAACAUGGCAGACAGCGACAAGAUCCGCGAGAAGCGUUCUCAGUCCAGCGAGAGAACCGCUGUUGGUGCGAAUAUCAUGAACGUCGAGAAUGCAGGCGGCCGGCGCAAGAAGAGCUUCACCGAUGUCGACCCUGACAAACUUAGCGCUGCCUUUGAGAAUCCCCUUUCAGACAUCCCCAAGGAACAGCUGUUGGAAGAAGUCGAGACUUUCUGCAGGGACCACAAUCUUGUGGAAUACAUCGAGGCGUUCAGAAAGGGCGCUCUCGUGGCUCAGAAUCCUCACGCGACCGAUUCUAUCGCAGAAUUGAGCCCCGAGGAUCGAGAGAUACUGCGGCGAGAGUAUACUCAUCGCUGGAACCAGCCGUUUACUCUAUAUUGGUUGGUGGUGAUGUGCAGUCUUGCCGCCGCCGUCCAAGGUAUGGACGAGACCGUCAACAAUGGAGCGCAGGCUUUGUAUCUAAAGCAGCUCAACAUCACGACUGAUCGCUUCUCGAAGAGUAUGGUUGACAAUUUGACUGGGCUCGUUGUUGGUGCUCCUUAUCUGUGCUGUGCCAUUCUCGGUUGUUGGUUGACCGAGCCUUGCAACAAGGUUUUUGCUCGUCGAGGCACGAUCUUCAUUUCUUGCUUCAUCGCUGCCGUAGCAUCGAUCUGGGAAGGCGUGGCCAAUUCCUGGGUCAACUUGUUCUUAGCUCGGUUCGUUCUUGGGCUUGGGAUUGGUCCCAAGUCAUCCACUGUUCCCGUAUACUCGGCAGAAUGUGCGCCAGCUCCUAUUCGAGGUGCCCUCGUCAUGAUGUGGCAGAUGUGGACUGCGUUCGGCAUCAUGCUGGGCAACAUCAUGGGUGUCGCUUUCGGCGGACUGGAUCCAGAUCUCGGCUGGAGACUAAUGCUGGGCAGCACGGUUGUUCUUCCUUUGAUUGUCUGCGCACAAGUCUACUUCUGCCCGGAAAGCCCUAGAUGGUACAUCCAGCACAAGCAUCCAGAGAAAGCGUUCCGAUCUUUCCAGAGCUUGAGACACAGCGACCUCCAAGCAGCUCGUGAUACCUACUAUACUUAUGUCGGAGUCGAACUAGAACGCAAGGCUCAUAAGGGCAAGAAUUUGUUCACGCAGUUUAUCGAGUUGUUUACUGUGCCUCGCAACCGAAGAGCCACUUGGGCUACGUGGAUCGUCAUGUUUGGUCAGCAAUUCUGUGGCGUCAAUGUCAUUGCAUACUACAGUACCACGAUCUUCAUCGAGUCAGGAUACUCAACGACUUCGGCGCUAUUGGCCUCGAUGGGCACUGGUAUCUUGAACUGGGUGUUUGCCAUUCCAGCCGUUUUCACGAUAGACCGUUGGGGCCGGCGGAAUCUGUUGCUAUUCACCUUCCCAUUCCUUGCCAUCACGCUGCUCUGGACGGGCUUCAGCUUCUGGUUUCAUGACAAUAAGACCAAGGUCGGGAUGGUCACGACAGGGAUGUAUCUUUUCGAGGUCUUCUAUUCGCCUGGGGAGGGUCCUGUGCCGUUCACCUACUCUGCAGAGGCCUUCCCCGUUCAUGUCCGUGACGUUGGGAUGUCUUGGGCCACGGCGACGACAUGGUGUUUCAACUUCAUUUUGAGUUUCACAUGGCCACAUCUCUUGACAGCCUUCAAGCCCCAAGGUGCCUUUGGCUGGUAUGGAGCGUGGUGCAUUAUCCUAUGGUUCUUGAUCCUCUUGUUUGUCCCUGAGACCAAGGCGCUUACCCUCGAGGAACUCGACCAAGUAUUCGGCGUCAGCACGAGAAAGCACAUGAGUUACCAAUUGAAGAAUGCAUUCUGGCACUUCAAGGUCUGGGUGUUGAGACAGAAACUCGAGCCUCUGCCACCGUUCUACCAUCGAGCGGAGAAGUUGAAUGAUGCGUAACAGGUUCAAAGAGUAUAUUCAUUAUAAGGGGAUGAUAUGCACGAGGUCGGUUGGGACAUAGAUGGCGAGGAUGGUUGUCAUAAAACGGUGAAUGACAACGAUGCAGAGCAAUUGGAAUGCCAUGGUGCAUCAUGGUGGUACUGUGGUAGGCCGUUUAAUGGAGUAUUGGACAUCCCGCAUUUACCCGCUCGGUGUUCAUGUACCGAGCAGAAAAACUGCCUGUCUUGGCACCCCCACGGCUCAUGUCACGUGCUCUCACCCACGUUUAUCGGUUGGCAGCUCGGGAAAAGUAGGAGCCUCGGUUCUUUGGGGACGAAAAGGACGACAGUGAUG